UCAGCUGUGCUGCACAGACCCCGGCACGCAGGGUGCGUGGGGGCCCCCCGGCAGCCAGCGCCCUGCAGCACAAGCCGCUGCGAUGCUCCACUCCGUCGGCGUUCACACCUUGCAGCUGCUCACCCAGGCGGCCGCCUGCAUCCUCCUAUUUCCCCGCUUCCUGCUCACCGCCGUGAUGCUCUGGCUCCUGGAUUUUCUGUGCAUUAGGAAGAAGAUGCUGACGAUGCCCACGGCGGAGGAGGCGGCCAGCGCCAGCGAGGAGCCGCCCCCCGACGACCCCCCGGUCUGCGUGUCCGACUCCAACCGCAUGUUCACGCUGGAGUCGCUGAAAGCCGUGUGGCACGGGCAGAAGCUGGACUUCUUCAAGUCGGCGCACGUGGGUUCCUUGGCCCCUAACCCCGAGGUGAUCCAGCUGGACGGGCAGAAGAGGCUCCGCAUCCUGGACUUCGCCCGCGGCAAGAGACCCCUCAUCCUCAACUUCGGCAGCUGCACCUGACCCCCGUUCAUGGCCCGCCUGAGGUCCUUCCAGCGCCUGGCCGCGCACUUCGUGGACAUUGCCGACUUCCUGCUGGUGUACAUUGAAGAAGCACACCCGUCCGACGGCUGGGUCAGCUCGGAUGCAGCCUACAACAUCCCCAAGCACCAGUGCCUCCAGGACAGGCUGCGGGCAGCUCAGCUGAUGAGGGAAGGGGCGCCCGAUUGCCCCCUGGCCGUGGACACCAUGGACAAUGCUUCCAGCGCCGCCUACGGUGCCUACUUCGAGAGGCUCUACAUCAUCCAGGAGGAGAAGGUGAUGUACCAGGGAGGCAGAGGACCAGAGGGCUACAAGAUCUCGGAGCUGAGGAGCUGGCUAGACCAGUACAAAACCCGGCUCCAGAGCCCCAGCACGGUGGUCAUCCAAGUGUAAAAAGGACCUGGCAAGAAGCGCAGGGGUGGAGAGGCGAGGGAGGGCGGGAGGAGAGGUGGGGAGGGAGAAGGCACUGCGUCGCGGAUGGCAGGAGCUGUCUUCCCGCGGGGACACUCGAAGGAGGCUGCUGUGCGAGCUUUCGAGCAAGACGUGCCAUAGUCCUUUCUCUAUUCAAAUCAUGUUGAUUUGCCAGCCACGCUCUGUCAAUACUGUAUUUCCAUGUGCGUUUUGUAAAUAACUCUCCUUCUUUCCUUUUUUUUUUUUUUUUUUUUUUUUUUCCUAGCGUUUACUAUUUUUUAAGGAGGCUCUCUUCCUACGGGAUCUGUUCCCGGCUGCGUGUGUGCGCGGGUGUGUGUCUGAAAAGUUGUGUACAAGUGCUCCGUGCUGCCUAGCAAGUGCUAACUGGGAUUUCUAGUAUUUCUUUGUGAUGACCGAUUUUGAAAUGGGUUUCUCUAAUGCCAGGAAAUCGCGUCUGAUGUUGUCAAAUACUAGAACUGCCAAUAGCCAGAGCUGGACGGAAUGUCCUAUUUAUGUGGGGGGGUUUUGUAAGACGUUCGUUCACCUUCCUUUUUUUAAUGAAUUUUUUUAAAUAAUAAAGGUUGAGUAACUACA